UUAGGCCGGAAGAUGGGAAGGUGGCUAGUAUUCGAGAUUGGCCAUGACCUCAGACUGUCACUGAGGUCAGCUCUUUCUUAGGAAUGUGCGGCUACUAUAGGAAUUUCGUAAAGAACUAUUCUACAGUCGCCUCUCCUUUGACGGAUCUAACUCGACUUGACACGCCGUGGGACUGGAGUGAUGAGUGCGAGGGUGCUUUCAAGCGAUUGAAGCAUGCACUYAUGAAUCAUGAAGUUCUCAUGGUUCCCGAUCCUCAUAAGCCAUUUAUAGUGACCACUGACGCAAGCCAAUAUGGCAUUGGCGCAGUGUUGGCUCAACAUGAUGGGAAAAAGUUGAGACAGAUUGAGUACAUGAGUAAGAAGAUGCCAUCUAAGAAACUGACAAAGUCCACCUAUGAAAGGGAACUCUAUGCUCUCUACAAGGCACUUGUCCAUUGGAGACAUUUUCUGUUGGGACGAUUCUUCUAUUUCAGGACUGACCAUCAGACACUUAAAUGGAUCAAGACUCAACCGGCUCUUUCUGAUGCACUCAAGCGAUGGAAUGAGGUCAUAGAUCAAUAUGACUUCAAGCUUGAGUAUCUGAAGGGAGAGUACAACAAGGUUGCCGAUGCGCUAUCACGUAGGGUUGACUACCUAGGGGCGCUAGUUUCUGACUUUGGUGUAUCGGAAGAAGUAACUCAAUCAUUGGUGGGAGCCUAUCAGGAAGACCCUGUCACGAUGGACAUCAUGCGCAAACUUCAGGCAAAAGACAAGGCCAUGGAAAGCGAGUUUGUGAUGGUGGACGGGYUUCUCUAUCUUGAUAAGGCCGRAGUUAAAAGGCAUCAUACGGAUCCAAAAGAAGACCGGUGGUUCACCAGAGAGGAACUGAUUGACACAGCUCCUCAGGUGGUGGCAGAGUAUGAGAGGAUGCUAAAAGGGAAGGCACCUGCGAAUUAUGGAGCUGGACAGGCCAGUGGUGGAGUUGUGUCAUUGCCGUUUCUGGAAUGCCUCGUAUUUGGCUCGUUGAUUUCUGCAACCGACCCUGUUACAGUGCUGGCUAUUUUCAAUGAAUUAGGUGCUGAUCCAGACCUUUAUGCACUCGUAUUUGGAGAAUCUGUUUUGAAUGAUGCUGUUGCUAUCGUCCUCUACAGGACAGUAUGCUCGUUCUUGGAGACACCUGUCAGUAAGAGGGGGGUGUUCUCAGCGACCUGGUUCUUUUGUGUGAUUUUGAUUGGCUCCUUUUCAAUUGGUCCAGGAGACGAGAGAAGAUUGAGGAGAGAGGCUAGCGAGAGAACAACGGCAAGGAGAGCGAGGGCAGCUGAGGAUAGUGCCAAGACUAGUGUCUCAGCUAGUACAGGUGCAGCCAUGACAACCUCAGCUAUGUCGCAAGUCUCUACACAGUCCACUUCUUCAGGAGUCAGUCAGAGUGGCUCUCAGGUUCCCAUUAGUCAGAUUGUUGUCGUGCGAGUCAGCCAGCAAACUCAACUCACGGCGGAGGACUUAGAAAUCCGCCAAGCAGAAGAACUUCAGGAUGAGCUACAACGGCAGUUCGACGAGGCAACGGAGAGGAAAAGAAAAGCUAUACUUAGAAAGGCUAGACUAGAGAGUAGAAUGCAGGAACUAGGCAGAUUGGAAACACUAGAUGAGGCAUCAUUAGACCCUGCUGGUCGUGUGCUGCGCAAUGCUUUACUUUCAGUGGCAGAAGCGCAGAACGUCCAACAAGAAUUGUUGGGUGAUUUAGUGGCAGGCCAGAAACAAAUUAUGGCUGAACUUCGGGCUCCUCGCACAAUGGUGAGGCAGCCACAGUUUGUUGUAGUUCCCCUUGUAGGUGCGGGUCCAUCAUCUAUGCCGCAACGCACAGGGCAAACUUUCUCUCCUAUGUUUGGCAUGCCCCCUCCUGGUGGUUUGGUAGCAACUAGUGGUCCGGUUCCAAGAGUCUCGGCCGUACCAUCCACGACAGUGGUAAUUACAGUCCCACUGUCGAGCCAGGCCCAGGGCUACGGUCAGGAUUUCGAUGCCUGGGCUCAGGCUCAGACAUUGGAACAGUUCGUACGGUCAGUCUACAACAGGUGGCAUGACCCACAAGGGGCUCAAAAGGCCACUGAUGCUAUCAACAACCUUUGUUACCGCAGGUUCAAGGAUGUUAGAGAGCUUACGGACACCGUGGAACGCCUCCUCGUGGUACCUGGUGUGCGUUUUGACCAGCAGGUUCUCCUAACAGAUUACCUAAGGUGCCUACCUGCAGAGGUAAGGACCAAGCUGGUUGACGAGGCCGAUGUCAAACAACACACUUUCGCUUCUUUUAGUAAGAAAGCUCUGGAAACAGAGGCAAAGGUGGGAUCUGCGCAUAAGGUAUCCCAUGAUGGUAGGAAGAGACUGCCCCAAGACUGGAAGAAGAAGGGUCAAUUAAUGUUCGUUGACCAUGAUGGUCAAACGACGGAGAUUGACGAUUUCCCAAACCUUGGGGAGUUGACAGAGCAGGAUAGGGCCAGCGAGACUUCAGAUGGGGGAGUCGUGACGCCCAUCAAGGAAAAGGCUAGGGGGACCGGGAAGAAGAAGGUAGGACGGUCCACGGGUCAGGGAGAGCAAGGGACACCCGCAUGGGUAAAGCUUGGUUUGGACUACGAGGUGUGGAGGGACCGAGUUGCCAGGGGCACAUGCAUGAACUGUGGCAACUAUGGCCACACGUCCAGGACUUGCCGUGGCAAGAAGGUCACAAUGAAGGUAGCCUCACCAACGGUGGUGGGCUUAUCUUCGAACCCUGGGAGUGCUUCUGCGAGCAGCUCACAGGGAAACACCUCGGGCCAGUAGGAGUGUUAGCCGCUCUUACUCCCGCUGAAGUGGUAACGUUGCCUUCCCCACUUC